AUGGCAUCUUCGAGUAAUAGGACUUGGUACUGCAUAGCACUACUCCUGGCAUGCUGCUUGCUUGGCGCAAACUCCGAUGACGUCCCACGUGUCGAAUGUGAUGAGUUUGAUUGCCUUAUCGAGUUUAACGCGUUGCAUUCAGAGGACAAAGUUCGUUCGCUCAAAUUCCAACUCGUACCGGAAGCAGGCGCUACGGGUUUAGUGACAGUGACAUUCGCUCAAUCGUCGCUUCCGAUUGUACCACCGUCCCUGUUUGCCGGCGUUAAUGGCAACCUUAUCAAAGUGCUGGACAUGGAGAAGUGUGACGUACAGCGGGUGGAUUCGUCUACCUUUGGACAGGCGCGCGAGCUGAAAGUGUUGCGUUUUCACCGAAACCGCAUCUCGAAUCUAUCGAACUACUUGUUCCGCAACGCAACCAAACUGGAACGCAUCAACUUUGGAGGGAAUCGUAUCGACAAGGUGGAAGAACAGACCUUCCAAGGCAUCACGGGACUGGUCACGCUCCGAUUGUCCCGCAAUCACAUCAAGGUGCUGCCUGCAAAACUAUUCGCUGGAAUGAAGCAACUCACGGAUCUUAACGUUGAUCGUAAUCGCAUCGAGGUCCUGUUUGAUCGUUCGUUCGAGGAUCUGACGUCGUUGAAGGAACUGUACCUUAGCUACAACUUUCUCCAGAACCUCACCGAUAAUUCGUUCGUUGGGUUAACGAAGCUCAACACGUUGGCAUUGCAAUCGAACCGAAUUGCCACGAUUGAACCAAAUACUUUCAAGCCCCUGACGAGUCUGGAAAAUCUACUGCUGGAGGACAAUCGAUUGCAAACUAUUGCUCCGGAGACGUUCGCAUCAUUGGGAAGCUUAUAUAAACUCGAGUUGGAUAGAAACCUGCUACAGAACCUACCAAAGGAAUUAUUCAAACGUAACGGUGAACUACAGAUUCUGCGAUUAGCAGAGAACAAUAUUGGUUCUUUGGACUCUCAAAUAUUUGAAAGCUUGGGCGUUCUGGAAGAACUAAUGCUAGGUGAAAACGGGCUAUCUUUGGAACCGGGGCUAUUUAAAAGCCUUAAAAAUUUAAAAACACUUAAUCUGGAUAGAAACUCCUUGAAUCAUAUUGAUGCUAAAACGUUCGGCGAGUUAAAGUCUUUGGAGCGUCUAUCGUUGGCCGAUAGUGGAGUUUUGUUCUCGCCUGAAGCAGCGUUCCUGACGAAACAGAAAUGGCUUCGGAUUCUGCACACAAGAUAG